AUGGGCACCGCCCCCAGAUCCCCCAACCCAGGAGACAAUAAGCACAAGAAAUCUUCUUCUACUACUUCUCCUUAUACCACCACCACUUUCAUUAAUAAACCCUCCAAUAAAUCCUCCAACACUACUACUGCCAACCCUAAGGCCCCGGUGCGUCAGUCUACGCCCACCGCUUCUGGUAACCAACGCGACAACGACGCCCAUUUGGCAUACCAGACUCCAGGUCCUGGAUUUAACCAUACCGUCGCGAACAUACCUGGUAUCGGAUUAGUUUACGACGGCGGACACUCCAAUCCCGUACACGGCUUCAACCCAGCCGCUGGUCCCCAACCUCCAGUGCAUCAUCAAACUCCUGGAAUUACUCCUCCUCAAGUUCUACCACCUGGUUUUGCCCAGAGCCCUUUUCAGUCUUUCCCUCAAUUUGGUCCCGUAAGCAGCAACCAAAACCCAGCCAUGGCAUAUACCACCGGCUCCAUGCCCAACCAGGGCCAGCACUUCCAACCUCCCGUGCCAGACACCACCUAUGGUCCCAUCCCGCACACUUACCAUCCCCGCUUCGAUAACAAGCCUGCUCCUGGCCAGUAUGUGAUGAUUGAAGGCCAACUCUACGUUGUCGCUGCUGGUCCUUCUGGCCCUCCUAGCGGUGCCCAAGUUCAAUAUGUGCCCAUGCAACAGGUAUAUUCUAUUCCCACGCAAGACUCAUCAAGCGCAAUGCCUGUAUUCCAAGCUACACCAUGCUACAUUAUUCGAGAAGCCGAGUCCCAGCCUAUUUGUUACCCCCUCAAUGCAAGUUUCAUCCGAACGCUCAGAAGUGCACUAGCUCAGCCGCAGUCUGGUGUUGGCACACCUAUCGUGAUCCAACAAGGUUCCCAGCAACCCAUCUUCGUUCAAGGCCAGCCAGGUUUCCCUGCAGUUCCGAUGACCGCUCAGCCAGCUGCAUUCCCUGCUAUGGUGGCCCCGCCCGGAGCCCCGGUGAUCAUUGGAGGCCCUCCUGAUAUGAUGGCCCCCGGUUCUGCCCCGGACGUGAUGGGAAUUGGCAAGACUGCAACCGAGGUUCAGAUGGAGCAGUACCACACAGCUCUAAAUACCGGAGCUCUUGAAGGCCAGGACAUCGCCCCUGCUGAUCCUGAUCCGUCCCGUAUGUAUUAUUGUCGAGAGCUUGAUGGCGCAUGGACUCUCCGCAACCGUUUCUGUAUCGACAAUAUGGGUGACUGUCGUUGGUACGUCAAGCCUGGCGGCAUCUUCUAUGCCGUUCGCUUGGCCGACUGA